UUAGCCAAUCAGCGCGAAGAGCCCGCCUUCUGUCAUUUUUCCCCCCCCCCUUCUUCUUCGCCCAGCAUUCCUCCCGUCCCCUUCGGAGUCUUUCACGCACACCUCGCUCCUCGAGGCAGGGUCGCUACUUCGGAAGGACGGCCGUAAAAGCGCCCCGAGAGCGGAUCGCCCUCAGGCUUUGGGGCGGCUGCGGGGGAGGGCCUCAGCGAGGGAUCCUUCUGAGCUGCUUUGCCGGGCUCUUCUCCCUCCCUCUUCCCCAGCAUCUACGAAGAUCCCCUCCUUUCCUCUCCUCCCCGCCAGAGGCCCGAGUGAGCAGGCUGGCAAGCCGGAUCCCCGGAGGAAGCGAUCCCAUCCUCUCGCUCAACGUCCUUCCCCCGAGUGGUCCCGAUCUCUCCCCCUCUCGGGCCCACCGGCUUCAGCCCACCCACCCUCCGGGUCCCCGCCUCUCCGGGUGCUGCGCGCAGAAAGAUCGCGUGGAAAGGAAAACCGCGCACGUGGGCUGGAGAAGUCAGUUGUUGCUGUAGAUCGUCCCCCACCACCACCUCGCCCCAGCUGUGGAAUGAAGGCUGAACCCUCAGAUGGAUGGACCACUAGCGGAAGGUGAGGGCCGGUCCUGGGAAUCCUUGGGACUGAAUGCUAGCCUGAAAAAGGGAGCGGAAAAGAUUCGAGAUAUCAAGCUGGAUUCUUCCUCCUUCCGGGAUAGAUUGUCUGCCAGAGUUCAUGGUAAUGAAGAAAAGCGAUUUCUUAGAGUAAAGACUGAAAAAAAGGAGAAGAAGGAUCUGGAAUUUGAGAUGGAACUUUCUGCAGGUGGAAAACUGCUGGGUCCUGCACCUUCACGAGGUUCCUCAACUCAGAAAGAGAUGAAGGUGGAAUCUGAGGAGCAGAAGGUACAAGAGUUUGAGGUGCAGAAAGUCACCAUCCCAAUAGAGGGUUCGUCUUCCUCUUUGCAUCCAAACACUUGUGGCGUGUGCGGGAAGAGUUUUAGCCGCCGCUCGAACCUGGCCAAGCAUCAGAUCAUCCACACGGGAGAGAAGCCGUACCGCUGCAAUGACUGUGGCCGCAGCUUCAACCAGAGCUCGGCGCUCACCAAGCACCAGCGGACGCACACUGGGGAGCGCCCCUAUGUCUGCGGGGACUGUGGCAAGGCCUUCACGGCUAGUUCCAACCUCCUCCAACAUCGGCGUUUCCAUACCGGAGAACGGCCGUAUCAUUGUGAAUUGUGUGGCAAGGCCUUCUCUCAAAGCUCCAACUACAACCUGCAUCGGCGCGGCCACACAGGAGUUACCCCUUACCAGUGCAGUGUGUGCGGUAAGCGAUUUACCGGGAGCUCAUGCCUUACUCGCCAUCAGCGGACUCACACUGGAGAGAAGCCGUACCAAUGCCAGGAAUGUGGGAAGCGCUUUUCGGGGAGUUCCACGCUGGCUAACCACCGACGUACCCACACGGGUGAGAAACCCUAUGGUUGUGUUGAGUGUGGCAAGAGAUUCACCCACCAUUCCAAUCUGGUGGACCACUGGCGGGUGCACACGGGGGAAAAGCCCUAUGUGUGCACCGAGUGCGGGAAGAGCUUCCGGCUCAGCUCACACAUCAUUCGCCACCACUCUCACUUAGUUCAGCAUAUGCGUUCUCAUACAGGUGAGAAGCCAUACCGGUGCACACAUUGCGGCAAGGGCUUCUCCCAGAGUUCCAAUCUCAUCAUCCACCAGCGGACACAUACAGGCGAACGACCCUUCACCUGUCCAGAGUGUGGGCGGAGCUUCAGCCAUAGUUCUGAUCUCAUUCAGCACAAGCGGAUCCACACCGGGGAGAAGCCUUACGUCUGCUCCAUCUGUGGAAAAUGCUUUUCUCAGAGCUCAAAGGUUACCCAACACAAACGCUUCCAUUCUGGGGAACGCCCAUUUUCCUGUGGGGAGUGUACCAAAACUUUCCGUCUCCGGGCUGAUUUGGUCCGUCACCUCCGCGCUCAUACCGGAGAGCGGCCUUUUGGCUGCCCUGAAUGCGGGAAACAUUUUGCAGAGAGCUCCCAUCUUAUCCGACACCAGCGGAUCCAUAUGAGCGAGCGUCCCUUUCGCUGUCCAGACUGUGGGAAAGGAUUCAAUCAGAGCUCCAACCUCCAGCAGCAUCAGCGGGUACACCGAGGCCAGAAACUCUUCAAAUGUGAUGAGUGUGGGAAAGGUUUUGGCGUAAGCUCUGCACUCUUGCAACACCAGCGAACUCACACCGGUGAACGACCCUACUGCUGUAGCCAGUGUGGGAAGAGUUUCAGUGUCAGCUCCACUUACCAUAUACACCAGCGUAUUCAUGCAGGGCAAAAGCCCUACUCAUGUGGAGACUGUGGGAAAGGCUUUGUGCGUAGUUCUGCUCUCCUUCAGCAUCAAGCAACUCAUACCGGUGAGAAGCCCUUUCGAUGCCCCUAUUGUGGAAGAGGGUUUGGACAGAAAUCAGCACUUUCUCAGCAUCGGCGAGCCCAUGUGAGGAGAGGGGAGACAUUGACUUUGAUGGAAGGUUGGGAAACAGCUGGAAUGGAAGAGGUUGGGGACCAGGGAGUGGAAGGGGAAGCACAUAGCCUGUGGCAGGGGAAUGGAAUGGGGAUUAUGGAGCCAGAAUGGCAGGGUGUUGGGGAUGAGGCCACAAGGCAGGAAUGGGAGGAUGACGGGGAUGAGGCCAUGAGGGUGGAGUGGCAGGAUGAUGAUGAAGGUCUGGAGCAACAGUUGCAGGAUGAUGGCAGAGAAAGCAUGAGGCAGACCUGGAAAGAUGGUGUGGAAUCCUCCAUGAGGACAGAGUGGCAGGACGAUGAGGAUGAACAACUGGAACGGGGAUCACAAGGGGAUUGUAUUGAAAGCAUGAGGCUGGAAUGUCAGGAGGAGGAGGAAGAGGAGGAGGAGGAGGAUUACAGGAGGGUGGAAGAGAGCUUCCAGGAUGACAAUCUGAGUAUCAGGCUAGAGUGUCAUGAUGAAGAAGAUGGUGAAAGUGUAUUAGAAUACGUACAAGGUGAUAGUAGUUCAGGUAUCAGGGGAAAAGGUCAGGACAAGAUCACAAAGCACGACUGGCAGGAUGAUAGAGGCGAAAGCAUAAGGGAAGAAUGGGAGAAUACUUUAGAUAAUUUAAGGCAGGGAAAAUUGAUUGAGGAACAGGAAUGGCAGGACAGCGAAGAUGAUAGCAAGAAGCACAGUUGGCUAAGAGGUGGGGAGGACAGCUUGGAGAGAACAAGACAGAAGUCAGAGACUGAGUCACUCUGCUGAAGCUGAGGAGCUUAAGGAAUUGAAAUUAUUGACUGGGUUACAGUUGAAGAGAGUAGAAUGCCUACAACACUCUUACAAUAGCUCAAACCAGCGAGUCAUCAGAACUUAUGGAGGUCAAACAGCAGAACCAUACAUUGAUGCAAAGCGGUCGUAUCCUUCUGCAACAAAUAUAGUUGUAUUUAUAUUUGUAGGGUAUUCUGUGGUGUCUACUCUCCACUUGAAUAUGUCCCUCCAGUCCCUGCAUGCCUGUGCUACAGAGCGCUGUGUGGUGGCUGCCUUAUGGUCAAGC